AUGGCCCCCGCGGACUACCACCGUUAUAGCCCGAUAGACAGCACGGUUGGCGAGGUCAGGGACUUCCCCGGGGAGUACUACGCAGUGAACCCUCAGGCGGUCAACGAACAAAGCUUCGACGUCUUUACGACAAACAAGUGCGCGGUCCUGUCGAUGACGCACGCAGCGUCUGGCCACUCCGUCGCGUUCGUCGCUAUCGCCGCGAUGCUGAUAUGUCCUCCCCUUUCAGGGCAGGCUUGUGAAGGUUGCGCAGAGCAUCUCCGCCGUACUAGGAAAUGA